AUGCUCGCAUCCGGCUUCACAAAUGCCCCCGUCUCUCGACUCCUGCUCAUCGGCAUCGUCAUCACUUCUCUCCUGGCCAGCUUGACCGACACCAAGUACUUCAUAUGGAUCGAAGUUCGACCGCAUCUCCUCGACUACAUGCAGUUCUGGAGGCUGUUGACAUGGCAGAUCUGCUAUACCAACAGCGCUGAGCUCCUAUUCGCAGCCAUGACAAUCUAUAAUCUGCGCGUCAUUGAGAGGCUAUGGGGCACUCGAAAGUUCGCUUCCUUCAUAUUGUCCACCUUCCUUUACAAUGCCCUGCUACCUCCAAUCUUGUUGGCCGUUGUGAUACGGCCGUUGACCUUCGGGCGCAUCAACUACUUACCCGCAGGACCGACCCCAAUUGUCUUCUCGCUGCUCGCUCAGUACUACGCCGCCGUUCCCUACGUCUACAAGUACCGCAUCUCCGGCGCAACCACUCCGGACCAGCAGCAAGGCCUGAUGCUCACAUCAAAGGCCACCUCCUAUCUCCUGCCGCUCCAGCUCGCACUCUCACAACUUCCAGGCUCCGCUCUUGCGGCAGGCAUUGGGUGGAUCGUUGGUCUGGCUUACAGAAGAGAACUGCUUCCCGGUGCAGCGAGCUGGCGUGUGCCUGCCUGGGUCAUUGGCGCACGUGAACAAAAAGAGCGUUAUGACAAUCUGAGGCGACGGAUGGAAGGUGAGGCGGGACGAGCUACAGGCGUCGACACCGCUCAGGACAAUACUAGGAGAAGAGGGAUGCUCGCAGGGAUGGCUGACCAGUUUCGUGGGGCAUUCUGA